AUGGCCUUAGCUGUCGACAGUCGCCAGCAGCCCUCAAUGGGCAACAUGGGCUACGACCCUCUGCGAUACCCGGCACCUCAAUUCACAAACCCUUGGGCUUCUGUCUCUGCAGCACCUUCAGCUCAGCUGUAUCCUACCUCGCUUGCCUCGACAUAUUCGACAUCUACGGCUCCGAAUCCCGCCCUCUAUGCGCCCGCUCCUGCUUCCCAGUACCAAAUGGAUUAUGCGACUAGCAAUAGGGGCCCUUAUCCAUAUGAUACAUCAAGGCGCUCAUCACAUCCGUCAGUACCAUCUGCUGCGUACUUUGAGUCUCCGGUGGAGGCGCAAAGGCAACGCCAGAGCUCUUUGGUUGACUUGAGCAGAAUGAACCAACAACAAGUGCAACGCAACAGCUUCAGCGACGCGCUCGAUGCCAGCCGAGGCAUGGUUGCCAUGAGCCAGGACAUCACGCCCCGCAACAUUUACGGCGGUGCAGCCUCCAACCGGAGCUCGUCAGAUUCUUACGGUUUCCCGGCCACUCAUUCUUCGCAUUCGUCCAUCUCGUCUGCUAGCUACAACCCGGGAUACUACCAAGGAUCAUCCACUGCCGAUUCAUCGGUAACAGACUACAGCUCUGCCUCAGAGUCUGUGGACAACAUGGGUUCCCGCACACUCCCCAGGCCAUCCGCACUUGGAGGACCGAAUCUUCCGCCCGCUCCUCAGUCCAUGAUGGGGCAGUUCAGCUCGAAGGUCUCCUCCAGCUCACAAAAGAAGCACAAGUGCAAGAUUUGUGACAAGCGGUUCACCCGUCCUAGCUCGCUGCAAACGCAUAUGUACAGCCAUACUGGCGAAAAGCCAUUUGCUUGCGAAGUGGAUGGCUGCGGUCGACAUUUCUCUGUCGUCUCCAACUUGCGACGACAUCGUAAAGUCCAUAAGGGCGAACGGGAUCAUCCGUCGCCGGACGACAUGUAA